ACUAAAUUAAAUAUGAUUUGUCCUAUUGGUGGUGAUCCUGAACAACGGUAUGGUCGUCCAUAUGGUCCUGUUUGGUGUCUUAAUUUAAAUCGUCCAUUCAUAUGUACGGCAACAAAAACAACUACUAAGCGUUAA